UUCUCUGAGCGACACAUCACUCGGAGUGAAUCAGUUUUCCGGAAGUGAAAGUGUUUCUCUUUCAGCCUCGACGCUAUUUUGUUGCUGCUGGAAAAAUAAAGAAAAAACUCCAACAGCAGGCCGAAACGGGGACAUUAAUGUCCCCCAACAUGGAGUGCUGAGUAAAAAAGUGAAAUUCCUUCCAGCAGAAGAGAUCCGCGUCUUCAGGAAUCAGCAGUGAGUCCAUGAGCUGUGUGUCCAUACACUAAUAUUCAAAAAUGGAGAGCCGGGAUCUGGAAACAGAUAAUGUGACCCCACCCUCAAAAAAAACGUAAAGUCCAGAUGAAGAGAUCAGACUCACCAGAACCCAGCUGUGUCUCCAUGAAGAGCGAUGAGUCUAUGGGUCGUCCUUUAAGCUUUAAAACUGGAAACCCGUCACCUGGACACAGUGAAGUCCAGAUGAAGAGAUCAGACUCGCCAGAACCCAGCUGUGUCUCCAUGAAGAGCGAUCGGUCUAUGGAGCUUCCUUUGAAAUUUAAAACUGGAAACCCGUCACCUGGACACAGUGUUUUACAGAAGGCAGGAGACAGAAGAGAAAAGAUCAUCACAGAUACAGGACACGCCCCAGAAUCUCCUGCUGUAAAUGAAUUCCAGAAAAAGUUCAGAUUAAAUCUGAUGAAGUUUCAGUGUUUAAAUGGAGUGAUGAUAAAGCCGGAAACGCGAGUGCUCCUGAGUGAGAUCUACACCGAGCUCUACAUCACAGAGGGAGACAGUGGAGACGUCAAUAAAGAACAUGAGGUGAGAUGGAUGGAGGCAGCAUCCAGGAGAAAAACAACAGAGGAAACACCAAUCAAAUGCAGCGACAUCUUUAAGCCCUUAUCUGAAGAAGAUGAACCCAUCAGAACUGUAGUGACAAAGGGCGUGGCUGGUAUCGGAAAAACGGUCUCUGUGCAGAAGUUCAUUGUGGACUGGGCUGAAGGGAAAGCAAAUCAGGACGUCCCCCUCAUAUUUCCACUUCCUUUCAGAGAGCUGAAUCUGAUGAAGGACCAAAACCUGAGUCUGAUGGAGCUCCUUCAUGUCUGCUUUAAGGAAACCAGAGAAACAGAAAUGUCCAGGUUGGAAAAGGUUCUGUUCAUUUUUGAUGGAUUGGACGAGUGUCGUUUCCCUCUGGAUUUCCGGAACACAGUGAGAGUGUGUGAUGUAACUGAAUCAGCAUCAGUGCGUGUGCUGCUGAUAAACCUGAUCAAAGGGAAUCUGCUUCCCUCUGCUCUCAUCUGGAUCACCUCCCGACCAGCAGCAGCUGAUCAAAUCCCCUUUGAGUACGUCCAUCGAGUCACAGAGGUACGAGGGUUCAAUGACCCACAGAAGGAGGAGUACUUCAGGAAGAGGGUCGGUGAUCGGAGCCUGGCCGAGAACAUCAUCACACACCUGAAGUCAUUAAGAAGCCUGUACAUCAUGUGUCACAUUCCAGUCUUCUGCUGGAUUUCAGCCGCUGUUCUCGAGAGAAUGUUGGGUGAAGCAGAGAGUGGAGAGAUCCCCAAGACUCUGACUCAAAUGUACACACACUUCCUCAUCAUUCAGACAAACGUCAUCAGAGAAAAAUACUCAAAGAAGCAGGAGAGUGAUGAAGAAAUGCUGCUCAAACUGGGACAACUGGCUUUUGAGCAGCUGAAGAAAGGCAACCUGAUCUUCUAUGAGGAAGACCUGCGAGGGUGUGGCAUUGAUGUGACAGAAGCAGCAGUGUACUCAGGUGUGUGUACGCAGAUCUUCAGAGAGGAGCCUGGGCUUCACCAGAGUAAAGUGUACUGCUUUGUUCAUCUGAGCAUUCAGGAGCAUCUUGCAGCUCUGUAUGUGCAUCUGACCUUCAUGAAGGAAAAGAGAAAUGUUCUUGAUCAGAGUCGGUCCUUUGAGACAAUUUCAGCUGUACACAUGAGUGCUGUAGAUAAGACGUUAGAAUCUGAGACUGGACAUCUGGAUCUGUUCCUCCGCUUUCUUCUGGGUCUCUCGCUGGAGUCCAAUCAGAAACUCUUGCAUGCCUUAGUAACACAGACAGGAAGUAGCUCCCAGAGCAAAGAGGAAACAGUUCGGGACAUUAAGGAGAAGAUCAGUAGAGAUUAUCUUUCUGCAGAAAAAUCCAUCAAUCUGUUCCACUGUCUGAAUGAACUGGGUGAUGAUUCUCUCGUGGAGGAAAUCCAACACUACCUGAAAUCUGGGAAACGAAGUGAACUCUCUCCUUCACAGUGGUCUGCUCUGGCGUUUGUGUUACUGACUUCAGCACAGGAGCUGGAGGAGUUUGAUCUGAGUAAAUAUACCAGUACAGAGGAGAUACCAGAUUGGGUUCUUGUGAAGGUGAUGCCUGUGAUUGCAGCAUCCAGAAAAGCCGUUAUCAGUUGUGAUAGAAUUGAAGGGAGCAGCUUUAAAGCUCUGGUCUCAGCGCUCAACUCAGAAACCUCCAAUCUGAGAGAACUGCAUCUGACUGUGAGGACACUGGAUCUGACUUGGAAUAAACUAGAAGACUCAGGAGUGAAGCGUCUCUGCGCUGUACUGGAGAAUCCUCACUGUAAAGUGGAGACCCUGAAGUUGGGUGGUUGUGGGGUCUCAGAUAAAGGCUGUGCUGCUCUGAGUUCAGCUCUGAGAUCAAACCCCUCACACCUGAGAGAACUGGAUCUGUCCGAUAAUAAUCUGGGAGACUCAGGAGUGAAGCGUCUCUCUGCUGGACUGGAGAAUCCUCACUGUAAACUGGAGAUACUGAGGUUGCGGCAGUGUGGUGUCUCAGAUGAAGGCUGUGCUGCUCUGAGUUCAGCUCUGAGAUCAAACCCCUCACACCUGAGAGACCUGGAUCUGUCCAGUAAUAAUCUGGGAGACUCAGGAGUGAAGCGUCUCUCUGCUGUACUGGAGAAUCCUCACUGUAAACUGGAGAUACUGAGGUUGAAGCGGUGUGGUGUCUCAGAUGAAGGCUGUGCUGCUCUGAGUUCAGCUCUGAGAUCAAACCCCUCACACCUGAGACACCUGGAUCUGUCCUGGAAUAAUCUGGGAGACUCAGGAGUGAAGCGUCUCUGUGCUGGACUGGAGAAUCCUCACUGUAAACUGGAGAUACUGAGGUUGUGGCGGUGUGGUGUCUCAGAUGAAGGCUGUGCUGCUCUCGCUUCAGCUCUGAGAUCAAACCCCUCACACCUGAGAGACCUGGAUCUGUCCUGGAAUAAAAUCAGAGACUCAGGAAAGAAUCUGCUCUCUGCUCUUAAGGAUGAUGAACAUUACAAACUACAGACACUGAGUGUCCAUUAAAGUGUUGAUUUAAAAUGAAUCUGAAGACAGAAGACAGGGAGUCAGUCCCAGGCAUGCAAACUGGUCAGGGAUGAAAAAGGUGAGAAGGGUUCACGGACACACGGCACGCGCGCAAAAGUACAUUUCAUAGUCUACGUUACAAAAAAAAUUGCAACCAGUGACAUCUUGAAUUUAAUACAGUACAAAAUAACUUUCCAUAAACAUGUCUUUACUGGACUUCAAUUCAAUUCAAGUGGACGCUUUCUUUACAGCCAUUUUAUUUUUUUUUCUUUUUGGCCUGCACCAGGAGUUCACAGGCCCUCUUCCUGUGUUUAGCUGCAUGCCUCAGCCUGGCCUGCUUCUCCUGUGUGUGGAUGCAAUGAUUUCCAUCUUCUUAUGUAUUUCUGUUUGGACGUGAGCCAUCAAAGCAUGGCUGCCCUUUUUCGCAUAGUUUAUGUCCUUGUGGCAGAAGACACACCUGGCCAAUCCCUGUCUAUCAAUUUUCUUAAAGACAUCACCUAUGUGAAAUGACACCUCUUGUCCCUUCACGGAUACCUUGCCCUCCAGUUUAAGCCAGGCCCACUUCCAGCUGCAUUUUAUUUCAGCAUCCAGCUUUUUAACAGCUGCAGCGUCCUCCUCCCCUAACACACUCAUUCUGCAAGAAUAAUGUUUGUAUUAGUGUAAGUGGUACAUCAGUACUAUUAACUGUAAACCACUCUCUUUACUGUGUUCAGAGAUCACAGAAGCUAAAGCUGUACAACAGCCAAAAGUAAUUGACUUUGAAUGGUGACGAGCGACAAAAGCUACAGUAGCGACUAAACAACAAUGGCAGCAAAGCGACUUUACACUACAGCUUUAGUAGCUUCUGGUCUAAAUACACGACAAGCCUUUCCUGACGUCUCCUCUCACGCUAAAAAAAAAUUGCGCCGAGUCAAUGGAUGAAGGCAGAACAGUGUACAACACGAGACAGGCCAGUUUUCGCUAUUUUUAGAUGGCUCAGAACCAUUUACGUUUCAAUGAAUCAAUAAAUAACAAUCCUGGCGACCAGUGUUUGUUACUUAGCGUUGACAACACAAGUUUGACGCUAAUUUCAUUAAAAUAUCUAGCAAACAGGAGCAAAUAAUUUUCCACCGGAGCUUUACUAGCUCUCGCGGUGUUCAACGCAAGUUGUAGCGAACGGUAACUAAACCCAUGUCAAGAGUUCCCCAGUAACUUCGAUACUACCAGAAAAUAUAAAAAUAAUUGGAACCAUUACUUGUGCUUGUACAUUGCUUGCGCUCUACAGCCAGAGCAAGCUAGAACAAGCGGUUGUCAUGGGGAUUUGAAAAGACGCUUGGUGCUUAUUUUUAGGAGAAAAACACCCUGUCGGCUUUCUAGCUCUCGAAAAAAAAAAACUGUAUUUGAAAACCAUCCAUUGUGAAGAGGGAAUUUCUCUAUACCAUGCCACUGAGCUGAUCAUGUGUUCAUUUUCAUAUCUCUCAUAUCUGGCGACAGUAAGCUAUAGCAGCUGGUAUUUACAUCUGUAGCCGUCUUAUGGAGCUAGCUAACGUGUUAUGUCUUAAACUUGAUUUCAGCAAGUAUGAUAAACAUAUUAGACGUAGUUACAUUUAUGUACACAUUUCUGGCACUGUGUUGCCACGUGUUGCCUCAACACGUAACAGCAACAAAAUCCAACGACUUUUCCAGUUAUUCACCCCCGAGCGCGCUGGAAACUGUUCCAUUGGUAUGUUCAGACCCCUUCGCAUGUUUGUAAACAAACCGACCGUUGCUAGGAUGCGCGUGCAGCCUGGACUCAGAAACAAUGGCGCUGCCCAUAGACCGGCAUUAUGAGCUGUCAGAUUAUGCAAAACAAUUGUCAUUACAAGAUCAAGAAUGCUACAUAAAUAAGUUAACUCUAACAAGUGGACAUCGCCUACCGAAUCUGUAUUUAAUUAAAGAGUGGACGGACGAUGUUAGUAAGUUCCCUGGUAUACAAUGGCCAGAUCGUACCUUAUUGACAAGACUUCAGUGUACACCCACGAAAAACUUCGUGCCUACAAGUCAUACUAUUUACAAAAAAUGUCAAACUAAAAAAAAACACCUAUUUACAAAAGUAGCCUGCCAUCAACAUUCUGGUUACAGCGAGACUACAACUUGAUUAACAAUGGGACAUUCAUAUUCAUUUUGUUUUAAUCAAAUUAUGCCAGUGAUGUGACGGCAAUGUGGCUUUAGCUACAACAGCAAAUACCAACACUAAACAGCAAUUUGCAGGAGGUAAUGGCAUGAAAGGAAUGAUAGUGUAAAGAGUGCAGCUAAGAGAAAUCAGAGCUGCGUAAAAAGCGAGAGGCAGAGACCAGAAAUGAAACUGAACGGGGCAGGAGCUAGGUUAGAGCAGUCAAUGUAAGUUGGCAUUUAGAGUGAGGGCACACAAUUUUACCUUUCCAUCCUUGCUUUAAAAUUGUGAUUUUCGGCAUACACAAAUAAUGAUGGCACAAAAUCUGGACUGCUUGAGUCAAGCGAGACCUCUCCUACAAACAAAAUUGCAUGCAAAGCUAAGUUAACAUGCUAACAAUAUUCAUUACAUUGUGUAACUAUGACCCAGCUAAUCAGACAAACGUUACCAAAGUAUUUUGCUACAUCAAUAAACGAAGACUAGAAAGAAUAAAAAAGAAAGAUUUAAUAAAUAGCCUGAUGAUGAAGUGGGCGCUGAAAACCUGCGCGUUUUUGAUAAUGCUUUCAUCCCAGUCUACACGUUUGAUGGCUUGUAGCCAUCGAUGUCAGCGAAUAAAUUUUUUUUUUUUUUUUUUAAUUUUUUUUUUUUGGAAUGGGUGAGAUCCUGCUGGAAUUCUGUACAUUUUAACCCCAUCACUGCUACGAUUCUGACACCCGACAACACAACAACUAGGCAUUUCUCAUCUCAUCUCAUUAUCUCUAGCCGCUUUAUCCUGUUCUACAGGGUCGCAGGCAAGCUGGAGCCUAUCCCAGCUGACUACGGGCGAAAGGCGGGGUACACCCUGGACAAGUCGCCAGGUCAUCACAGGGCUGACACAUAGACACAGACAACCAUUCACACUCACAUUCACACCUACAGUCAAUUUAGAGUCACCAGUUAACCUAACCUGCAUGUCUUUGGACUGUGGGGGAAACCGGAGCACCCGGAGGAAACCCACGCGGACACGGGGA